CAACGUGCGCCACGGUCUCUGGGCAGGACGGCGAUGUCGCAGCCCGACGGACCGCAGCCGGCGCAGGAUGCGCGAGCGGCAAACCGCACAAGAUUCGAGCUCGAGCUCGAGUUCGUCCAGAGCCUCGCAAACCCAUUCUAUCUGCACUCGCUCGCCCAGCAGGGCAUCCUCAAGCAGCCGGCAUUCAUCAACUUUCUCAGCCAUCUCCAAUACUGGAAGGAAAAGGACUACGCACGUUUCAUCCUGUGAGUUCAGAUCGUUCAUU